ACUAAAUUUUGCCCAAAGUUGCAAAUUAGGUACUCAACUUUGCUUUGUUGCAAGUUGGGUACUAAACUUGGGUAUUGCCUGAAUUUUGACCUUUAACAACAGGUUAACAGGUUACCAAACAUUAAUAACAUAAAAAAGAAUUAAAAAAAAAAAAUUAAACUUCAAUUGAAUUAAUUAACCAAAAAACUCAUCUUUUCUCAAUUUUCUCUCUCCUAUUCAACCUUUUUUAGCUCAACUUUCUUUCUCUCCGACCUUAAAGAAACUAAUUCAAGGUGAGUUUCGUCGGAUUUGUUGGGUUUUCAUAGUGUAUUCCGUUGAAUUUGUGGGGGGUUUCGUGAGUGCGUUUCGUGGCUUGGGUUUUGUGAGGUUGGUUGGAAUUAUGAGGGCGUUUUUGCGAGGGUGUUAGCCUAGGUUUCGUGAGGGUGGUGGCCUGGGUUCAUGAAAGUGGUUAGAUUUUUUAGGGCUUUCAUGGGGGUGGUUGAAUUUGUGGGUUUUUCGUGAGGGUGGUCGGAUCUGUGGGCGUGGGAUUCAUGGAGGUGGAAAUUUCGUGGGGGUGUGGAUGCAGUGGUAGUCAAAGAAAAAAAAUUGUUGAUUUUUUCUAAAUUUUUUUUCUGUUGUUUAGUUGAUUUUUUUCUACAUAAAUGGCAAUUCAAAAUCUCCCAUAUACUAAAAACAUCAAUCAAAAGUAAAAUACUUUUCACUUCAAUUCAUUAUCCCAGACAACCUACCUACUAAAAUUUAAAACCUCAGUAACCAUUUAAAUCAAUUUUGCAUCUUCAAUGGUUAAAAUAGAUAAACAAAGAAAUUUACCUCCACUAAAAAUUGUGCCAGUUGUAAUCUGAUCAUCACUAAAAAAUUCGCGAAAUUAAAUAAAAAAAAAAUCGAAUUGCACCAAUAAUUAUGUGCAAAUAUCAAAAGUAGAAAUGUUGAAAAUAUUACUGCAUAAUUGAAAAUUAAAUGGAGGUUUGUUAAUGGAGGAAGAGAGAAAAGGAGGAGAGAGAGAAAGAGGUUGAGUUAUUUUAGUUUUUUUCAUUUAAUAGAAUGCAAUAUGGUAACCUAAUAGUGUAGAUUACUUGCCAGAAAAGAAGAUUCAGGCAGGUCAUAUUACCCAAUUUGCCAAUAUUGAAAGUUGAGUAUCCAAUUUGCAACAAAGGCCAAAGUUGAGUACCCAACUUUUAUAUUAACUCCUUGUUAAACACACAUAGUGACAUAGCACCUAUUUUCAUUUAUGUUCAAAUUUUACAUUAAUAUACAUGUAAAAGAAAACAUUCCACUUAUUUAAGGACCAACUCAAAAUCACUCGCAAAAAUUAAGAUAUAAGGCAACAUUAAGCAACGAUGUGACUAAAAGAAUUACUCACACCUUGUUGAUUUGAAAAAAACCAACAAAAAAUGGUGGGAAAGAGGGGAAAACGAGUAAAGUUGACCCAAUAAAAAAAGGGUGGCUUAAACUUUUGUAUAAUUUUCCGUAAGACAGGGCCAAAUUCAGAAAGUGUGACAGAGGAUUUUACAAAAAGGAAACCUGAUUAACCCUCUCUCUUUCUCUCUCCUCUCUCUCUCUCUUCUUCCUCUGAGAAUUGAUUGAAGAAGAGCUUCACUUUCUAUCUCCAAUUUGAAUGACAUGCUUCUUCAAUUACUUUCCAACUGAUUUUGGGAAUUAUUUCAGGUUAAAUUUCCAAUAGCACAUUUCCCCUUGAUUGGAUCUUGUUCUCUCUAGGAUAGCAAGUUGAAAGAAAUGGCUACUUCAUCAGUAUCUUCAAAGAGUCCUUUUAAAGGAUCAGAAUCUAGAAAAUCAAGUUCUUGGUGGUGGGAAAGUCAUGUUGGAAGGAACACAAAAUGGCUUGCUGAAAAUUUAGAGGAGAUGGAACAACAUUACAAACGUAUGCAAAAGUUGAUUGAAGGGGAUGGAGACUCGUUAGCAAAGAAGGCUGACAUGUAUUAUCAGAAGAGGCCUGAAUUACUAUCUCAUGUAGAAGAGUUCUACCGGAUGUACAAGUCACUUGCUGAGCGUUAUGAACAUUUGACUGGAGAAGUGCGGAAGAACAUUCCGGCUGACCUACAAUCUCAGGGGUCCAUUGGAUCAGAUGCCAGUGCUGAUGUGACUUCUAUAUGGUCCCCUCAGGAUCAAAAGUUUAUCCAUCGGAAAUCCGGUCCUCGAGCUGCUGGCUUUGACUUUUUUCUUGGUCCUAAGAAAAGUAGCAACGAUCGAUCUGCAAAAGGAGAUGAAACACCUUCAGUAUCAGACUCCGAGACAGAAUUUUCAGAAUCUGAUGUGUCCUCUUUAUACAGCUAUACUGGAAUAUCAGUGAACACUGGUGAAGAGGAGGUGCAGUCAAGGCCUUUGGAAUCAGAAACUGAGAGUUGUGAUGUGGAGAAGAUGCAGGUGCAGCAGCAUGAGAAUCGUAAUGGAUCCUUGAGGAAAAUCAGUAGUGGCAAUUUUGAUGAUGUGCAUUCUAAGAUUGCAGAUUAUGAAGAAGAAUUGAAAUUGGCAAGGCUUAAAAUUUACCAAUCAGAAGAAGAAAUAGCUAACUUGAAAAUAGAACUCCUGAAAUUCACCAGCAAUUCGCUAAAUGAGUAUCCUGGGGUGGAAAAUAGUGAUUCCACGGAAAAGUUUGAUCAGGAAACGGGUGAAAGUAAUGUGCUAGAAAUAGAUGUUUCUCAACCUGAACAAAAGAUCCGGACACUAUCUGAAGAGUUGAGAAUCACAAAGGGGAGACUUCAAGCUUUAGACAAAGAGAUGGCACUUUUAAGAAAAGAGAACAAAGAUUCUUCUGACAACAUACGGAAAAUGCAGGAUCUGCUUAAAAUGGCUCAGAAGGAAGCUGCUACAUGGAAAGCGAAGAUUGAAUCUGAGAAACGACAGGCAGCCAAGUUGCAAGAAAGGAUUGCAAGGUACAAAACUAGUUUAACAGAUCGAGAAAAUGAGGUCCGGGAUUUGAAAGAAGUGAUCUCUGAUGCUAAUCGUAAGUAUCAGCUUCAUGCUGAAAUAACUAGAUUGACUGACGAAAAGACUCGCUUGGAAGAGAAGCUUAGGGAAUGGGAAAUGACUUGUCAUUCUCUGGAAACCCAGCAUGGGGCACUGGAGAAAAAAUUAAAUGAUGAAAUUGAACACCUGAAAGCGGAUAUUACUGAUAAGACGUUUAGGCUAGAAAUGCUGGAAAGUGACCUUGAUGCAUACAAGCUAAAAUAUGAAAAUCUUUCAAGUGAAAAAGAUGAGCUCAACACUGAACUGAGUGCAAGAAAUGACCAAAUUGCUGAAAUGGAAAAGCGUCUGCAACAGCUGGUUGCUGAAAAGGACGAAACAAAUAUAGUGGUACAGGAUUUAAAUUUAAAAGUUGAGGAACUGCGAGAAGAGGUUGAGAGACAGAAAGCCUCGAUGUUGGAAACUGCUGAAGGAAAAAGGGAGGCAAUCAGGCAGUUAUGUUUCUCCCUUGAGCAUUACAGGAAUAAUUACCAGCACCUUCGACAAACUUUCACAGGGUUCAAGCGGCUUCAUGCUUUUGCAUCUUAAUAUUUUUUGCUUUCCUGGAUAGAGAGAUGUGAAGACCUCUUUUUUCCUGAGGGUUUGCAUAUAGAUCUAUAAGAUGGAUUUCCAUUUCUUCAUUGAUUUUUGUACAUAUAUCAUCAAGGAAUCGGUUUUGGUUUUCUUCUUGUUCCUUUCUUGUUGGUUUUGAAGAAUCAGAACUCUUGUCAUGAGCAUGCUCACUUAUUAGGUUAGUCAUGGCCGGCUUGCUGACCGUCAUCUUGAUGGAACUCAGUUUAGCGUGGACAAACAGCAGCUUUUACUCGUUUAACUGUAUAAGGAUAUUUCUACUCUACUCUGAAUUUCUGAGAGGUGAAGUGGAGCUGUGCAGGUCCAUACCCACCGAUGGAGGCUGUAGAACUGGUCUCGUUCGUUUGGAGCCUCAGCAAUUAUAUAAUUUGACAAUAACCUUAGCACAUUGAACAUCAACACUGUAUAUUUUUCAUCUACUUUCUUUGGUUUGCUCCUGUUUUUAAACGGAGGUACUUUGUUGUGUGAGAUUGAUGUACCUUGUAAAAAAAAUAUGCUUAUGAACGUUGACAUAGCAUGAAUAGAAAUGGUUCAUUUCCGGUGCCCA